CUCUCUCUCUCUCUCUCUCUCUCUCUCUCCGUUUUUCAUUUACGGAAAUGCCUUAUCCCUAGUAGACUUGUAGGGGAUCUGCUAGAUUAAUUGACUUUUCGUGUGAAGGGUGGCUUGAAUUUUAUCUUCUUUUUCCCUUUUUUCCCCGGGGAUCCAGGGGGAGAGCAAACCCAGUUUGAUUCUUUGGUUUUUUUCAAAAGAUCGGUCUUCCAUCUAUUCUUAUCUCAACGAUUUAUACUCUCUCUGUGAAAAGAGAACUGCUUAAUUUGAUGCCAGUUUACGUCUGUCGUCGGACGAUUUUUCCUGGAAAAUGACGAGAAAGAAAAUUCAGAUCAAGAGGAUCGAUAACACCACAGCACGGCAGGUGACCUUCUCUAAGAGGAGGAAGGGACUUUUUAAAAAGGCUCUGGAGCUCUCAACUCUCUGCGAUGCUGAAAUAGCGCUCAUUGUCUUUUCGGCUACGGGAAAGCUCUUUGAUUACGCCAGCCCAAGUAUGCAGGAGGUAAUUCAGAAGCUUGAUCUGCAUUCAGAGAAUAUUGACAAAAUGGACCAACGUCCAUCUCUUGAGCUACAGCUUGAGCGCAGUACCUGCACCCUGUUGAACAAGCAAAUCGUGGAGAAGGCUCGUGAACUGAGGAGGAUAAAGGGCGAAGAGCUGCAAGGAUUGGGUAUUGAAGAAUUGUUGGAACUAGAGCAGAUGCUUGAUGUAAGCAUGAGCCUUGUUUCAAAAACAAAGAAUAACAGAUUUCUAGAAGAGAUCAAGGCCCUUGAGUGCAAGAGCGCAGAACUGAUGGACAAGAACCAGCAACUCAAACAGGUGGAGAAUGUGUUUAACGCCCAAACACACAAUCUACUUGAACAAGGUCAGUCAUCUGAGUUAGCCACCAAUAUCUGCAGCUCAGCUGCUCCUAUUCAAGACUCUGACAUAUCCAACACUUCUCUCAAGUUGGGGUUACCUUUCCCCGACUUAUUUUGAAAGAUAAAAGAAGAUCAAGAGUGCAAGGAUUUACAUUUUUCCAGCUGGAAAACAAGCAUCAUGGCUAAGUAUAUAUAAAACCCAGCUCAGUUCUAGUUCUAGAGUAGUUAAAUUCCUGCAAUCUCCCAAUUAUGUAUAGGGUGAUAAGCUGAAGAAGCAUAACUAUCAUGUAAUGGACGCAUCAAGGGGCCAAUUUGUUUCUAUGGAAAGUAAAGUCGGGGGGAAAUAAGAUCAUCAACGAAGGGGUUGAUCAGUGUUGGGAAAUGUGGCAAGAUAUGUCGAGUUGACAAUGAUGACAUGCAUAUAAAUAUGCCAUGGCUGUAGCAGGAGGAUAGCUACCGACAAGAUCAAAUGAUCUUUUUAUUUAUGUAUUUCUCUUUUUUUUCCUUUUCA